UAGCUAUCCGGUGGCCGGCGCGAGCCAUACGGGCCUACGGCCCACACCAUAUGCCGCGACGUCGCGGUACAGUGUACCGUUUAUAACGCUAAUUGUAAGUCGUUAUUGAACAGUUUUGUCCAUGUGUUGUACUACUACAGACAUCGUUCCCUAUCAGAUCGUCUUUGAUGUAUCGUACUUGGAGACACCGAAAACUGGAAAAGGCAUUAGUCACAACUACAAUCUGAAUCAAGUCAUGUCAGCACACGCGCGUUUGACGCUUCAGUUUCCAUUUCCGUUUCCCAGUUAUCGCUAAAUACAAGCGAAAUCACUCACAAACUACGGUGCAGCUGUGUUCGAAAGCUCGUUGGUGUUAUAUGGUACCACUACUGCCAGUCUGCCACAUUUCCUCUCUGAAAUUUUGUUUCCCACAAGAAUACUUCCGUACAGUUAUGGACUCCGAAAAUCCCCAGAUUGCCAGUGUAAAACUAUUCGUCAAAGCCGGCAUGGGAGAUGGAUCAAGCUAUGGAGCAUGCCCUCUCAGCCAGCGUCUGCACAUGAUUUUAUCUCUCAAGGCAAAAAGCGGCGAACUGAAUUACAGCGUGUACGCCAUCAGUUUAGCCAAACCGACGGAAGAAUUUAAAUCGCUCGGUUUGCGACAUGUUCCCGCCAUCAGCAUCCCUCAGUGCGAUGUUCACCUGGACAAUAUGGACGAGAUUCUCGAAUACAUCGACCGGACGUUCUACAAAGUUGACCUUUCGUUUGACAACGUUUUAGCCGAGCGCGCAUGUAAGGAUCUGUUCUCCAAAUUCUGCUUUUUUAUAAAAUCCGUGUCGAAGGAUGCUUUCGGAUUGACCGCGGAACUGGAGAAACUCAAUGCGUAUUUAACACAACGCGGCUCACAGAAAGGACCGUUUCUGUGCGGCAAAGACAUGACUUAUUUAGAUUGCGAGCUCCUUCCAAAACUCCAGCAAAUCCGUGUGGCUGGACGAGAAAUUAAGGGUUAUGAAAUACCGGAGAAGUUUGAGGGAGUGUGGAAUUACCUGAAGGCGGCGUAUGCAACAGAUGUAUUUCGCGAUUCCUGUCCGAGCGAUGAAGAGAUCAUACUGCAUUGGAUGGACAAGACGGAAAUUGGACUGACCGUCAGUAAGCCGCAAAAACGACGCAGCGCACUGAUAAACGUUAAUGAGAAGACACAUUCAUUUAACGUUCCCAGCGAAAAUUUGCCCCAGGAGAAAUACGAAAUUAAAGAAGUGGGAAAAAACAUCCAAGAAACACUGAACGUGCCAGACACACCCAAAGAGAACAACAACGUUGUUCAUCUAUGACUUCAAGAUUUCCCUGCUUUGCAUACAUGUGUGCUAUUCAAGACACUUUUCACUUUCGUAAAUUGUAAUAAGUAUUUAAUUUCCUUAUCGAUCACGUGUGUGGUCACUCACUGUGGUGCGCAAGAUUGUUGACUGCUCGCAAAAGUUCAAUGCUCACAUAAUCUUAAAAUAGCUCAAGAUUUAAGUUUUGCUAACUGGCCAAAUCGCAAAUGAAAAUGCUGGUACUGUAU